AGUCGCCCAUGUCACAUCGAAGACGUUGUUUCGCUCGGUCUUGUGCAGCGCGAAUUAAUCAAAUCGAACAGCCUUAAGUAGGAAUAUAAAAUAUUUUAUGUUUUAAUUGUCAACGAUUUUAGUACGGUUGAUUGUAAAUUAUGCCAACAGCUCGAGAAACAUUCUUUAGCGCAGAUGGCGGCACUGCCGGCAUAGGUCUGGGCAUUGAGAUUGGCGAUACCAGCGCAUCUCAAGCGGGACGUGGUGUCUAUAAUGCCACCACUGUGCCCAUGACAAGUGCCAGCAGCUGGCGCAAUGGACAGACCAACGCUGCCACAAAAUCCACAAGCAGCGUGCUUGCCACGCCCACAAGUUCGCCUGCCGUUGCUAGCAAGCAACCGCCACUGCAAGCUGUAUCAGAGGCAGAGGCAGAGGGUGAACCUGAGGAGGAGUUUAAUUUAGAUUUGGAUGCACUCUCUAAUCUGCCUGCACGCGAGUCUGUGGACAUGGAGUUCAAAGAGCUUUCGCUAACGGUUAAAUUAGGCUUUAAUCGAGGUGAAAAGGAGAUUUUGCACAAUGUGUGCGGCAAAUUCCCAGGCAGCCAGCUUAUUGCUAUUAUGGGCCCAUCUGGAGCUGGCAAAUCCACACUGCUUGAUGCUUUAUCGGGUUUUAAAACAACUGGAGUAGAUGGAUCCAUACUGCUCAAUGGCAGAAGACGUGAUUUGCCUUCAUUCCGUCGCAUGUCCUGCUAUAUAACACAGGACGAUCGUCUGCAGCCUUUGCUUACAGUUAGCGAGAAUAUGCAUAUAGCAGCUGAUUUAAAAUUGGGUGAAAAUGUUAGCUACGAGGAAAAGGAGAGCAGGAUUGAAGAUAUUUUACUACUGCUGGGUCUUUAUGAGCACGAUCAGACGCUAACCAUGCGACUGUCCGGUGGUCAAAAGAAGAGGCUAUCAAUUGCCAUGGAAUUAAUAAAUAAUCCCACUGUGAUGUUUCUAGACGAGCCCACAACAGGCUUGGAUAGCAGUUCCUGCACCAAGGUAUUGGAGUUGCUGAAGCGUCUAACAACCCAAGGUCGCACCAUUAUCUGCACCAUACAUCAGCCCACAGCAAAAUUGUUCCAAAUUUUCGAUCAGGUCUAUGUGCUCUCUGCUGGCAAUUGUGUCUACCAGGGCGGCACCCAAAAGCUGGUGCCCUUUUUGCAUUCCGUCGAGCUGCCCUGUCCCAUGUAUCACAAUCCCGCCGAUUACAUUAUUGAGCUAGCCUGUGGUGAAUAUGGCUUUGACAAGAUCGACACACUCAAGGCUGCUACGGAAAAUGGCAAUUGCUUAACGUGGUUCAACAAUCCACGUGCUGUGCUGCGAUCUGAGGCGCUUAUGCGUAAAUAUCCCAUACCGAAACGCACUAAGAAUGUUUCGCUAGAGAACACCAGUCUGACGAAUCAAUGCUCUGUGCUACUGCGACGCGGCUACAUUAAAGCAAAACGUGAUACGACAAUGACGCAUCUACGCAUCAUUGUUAACAUAGCGGUCGCGGUGCUCUACGGCGCUUUAUAUGAUCAUGCCGGAAAGGAGGGCUCGCGCGUGCUGGACAAUUAUAAUCUGCUGUUUGCCAUAUUAAUGCAUCAUACGAUGACUACAAUGAUGUUGACCGUGCUGACAUUUCCCAUUGAGAUGACGAUUUUAAUCAAGGAACACUUUAAUCGCUGGUACUCGUUGAAAGCUUAUUACAUUGCCAUGACGCUGGUGGAUCUGCCUAUAACGAUCUUCAGCAGUUUUAUAUUCUCGGUUAUCAUAUAUCUAUGGAGCUAUCAGCCUAUGGAAUGGGUGCGCUUCUGGAUGUUCUUUGUCAUUAGUUUGCUCAUAGUUUUCGUUGGUCAAAGCUUCGGUCUUAUAAUUGGUGCCUGGUUCAGCGUAACCAACGGCACCUUCCUGGCGCCCGUGCUUACCAUUCCCAUGAUGAUGUUUGCUGGCUUUGGUGUAACCUUGCGUGAUUUGCCCAGUUACUUAAGAUGGGGCAGUCAUAUAUCGCAUUUGCGAUAUGGCCUGGAAGGAUUUAUAGCGGCCAUCUAUGGCAUGGAUCGUAAGGUGUUGGAGUGCAAUGAGCCCUACUGCCAUUAUAGAUACCCAAAGAAAUUCCUGGAGGAGAUUUCCAUGACUGGCGAUCAAUUCUGGAAAGAUUUAAUUGCGCUUUGCUCAAUGAUGGUGCUACUACGUGUGGGCGCUUACAUAGUGCUCCAAGCCAAGAUCAAGUCCGUCAGAUGAGCUUGCCAGCUGACGCAAAUCUUGCCCUUACACCCUUGUAUUAUAUAUAAAUUGUUGAACAUUAGAUGUUUAGUGUUAAUUUUACUAAAUUAAUUAUUGUACAUUAAAAA